GGCAUACUGCGUUGAGCUGUUCUUUAAGUCAAGUAAUGGAGGAGCGAUUUUGUCUGCUUUUUCUUUUGCUGGGUAUAAUAACCGAGGCCAGAGGGUUGCUAUACCCCCAGAAUUCACCAACCAGAGAGGCGAAGUUGUUAGAUGGUCCUUGGAACUUCAGGCUUUCUCCAAAAGGUUUGCCAAAUUUAGGGUUCACAGAGAGAUGGUUUGAUUGCAAAGCGCGGACGGGCAAAGGUUUUAAUGAAAAGUCAGAGGUUUUCUUGAUGCCAGUGCCCUCGAGUUUCAAUGAUAUAACAACCAGUGCAGAAUUAAGAGAUUUUGUUGGUGUUUCGUGGUACCAAAGGCAGUUUAUUGUGCCUACGGAAUGGUUAAAAAAUACUGAUCGUGCUUCACCACAAACCAGAAAGGUGGUAGUUAGGUUUGGAGGAGUUCAUUACAACGCAGUUGUUUGGGUGAAUGGCGCCAAAAUGAUUGAGCAUGAAGGUGGCCACCUUCCCUUUGAGGUCGACGUAUCUGAUGUACUGGACGGGAGUAAAAACUGCCUUACAGUUGCAGUGAAUAAUACUCUAUUCAACCAUUCCAUUCCACAGGGUGAAAUCUUCCGACCAAACAAUACUGAUCUGUAUCCAGCUGAUUACGUUGUUAACAAAUACACAUUUGACUUUUUCAAUUAUGCUGGAAUACACCGCCCAGUCCACAUUAUUUCAUUGCCAUUGAUUGGAGUAGAGGAUAUUUCAGUAUCUACCACGAGACUGUCAAGGCGAGGCUCUGACUCUGGUCAAGUAACCCUAAAAUACGAAGUACUGCUAACAGAACCGUCCUGGACUACAGCUUCAAAGUGCAUAGUGACUAUGUUGGACGCGGACGGUAUAGUUAAAACGUCUGCCGAACUUGAUAUUUUUCAGCAAAAACAGUGCAAAGGGACUAUUCAAUUGGCAGAGGCCAAAUUGUGGUGGCCCAGUGGCAGCAGGCCUGACCCUGGGUACAGACACACCUUUCAGGUGCAAAUAUUUGCGGCCCAUGAGCUAUUUGACUAUUACGAGCUCCCUUUUGGAAUAAGGACCGUUACGUGGGACAAUAAUGAAAUAUACAUCAACAGCGAGCCUUUUUAUUUGAAAGGACUAGGUCGCCACGAAGAUUUUGACAUCCGCGGAAAAGGUUUUGACCUUCCCUUAGCAAUUAAAGAUCACAAUUUGAUGAAAUGGUUGGGCUUGAAUGGCUAUCGCACUUCGCAUUACCCUUAUGCAGAGGAAAUUCUAGACUUGUCUGAUCAAUAUGGCUUUGUAGUUAUAUCCGAAAGCCCUGCAGUUAAUUUAGUGAAUUUUGACGACGAGCUUCUGGCCAAACACAAAUUGGUCAUGGCUGAAUUGAUUGCAAGAGAUAAGAAUAGAGCUUGUGUAAUUGCAUGGUCCCUAUCCAAUGAAGCGAGAAGUUUUCAACCGGCUGCUGGGAAAUAUUAUAAGGAGCUAGUAGCUUUUGCUAAGAAUUUGGACACAGAGCGACCAGUAACGAUGGUCACUAAUGUCAAAUUUGGCCAGGAUCAAGGGGCACAAUACAUGGAUAUUUUGGCCCUGAAUCGUUACUUUUCCUGGUACUCAGACACAGGCAGUUUGCAGCUUAUAAAGCAGCAAAUGAUCAAUGAAGUGUCGCAAUGGAGGGAAGAAUAUCACAAGCCCUUACUCAUUUCGGAGUAUGGAGCAGAUUGCGUUGCUGGCUACCAUUCAGACCCACCAGUGAUUUGGACAGAGGAAUACCAAUCAGAGCUUUUGAAGCUGAACUUUGAGGCGUUUGACCAAUUAAGACAAUCAGGGAAUCUGGUGGGUGAAAUGGUGUGGAAUUUUGCCGAUUUCCAAACUGCUCAAGGUUAUAAGAGGGCUAACGGCAACAAAAAAGGUCUUUUCACCAGAGACAGAAAACCAAAAUCGGCUGCUCACGUUUUAAGAGAGCGAUAUAAUUCACUUUUAUAAUGUUUCCUCUAGAGUUAGCAUUGGAAAUGUUAAAAGUUUGAAACAUUCUUUAAAAAAAAUUUAUUUCAUAAUAAAAAAGGUCGAAUCUUUGUGAA